UGCACGCGCCGAGCCCGCACGGAUCGCGGCAGCAGCAGCGGGAGCCACCGGCGCGCACGGCGAUGCCCGCUCCGCUCCCGCCGCUGGCCGCCCCCUGAAGACACCCCUCUCUCUUUUCCCCUCCUUUUCCUUCUCCAGCGACCUCACUCUCUCUUCUUCCCCCCCCUUUUCCCCUCUUUCCCCCCUUUCCCUUCCUUUUAUUCCCUCCCCCCCCCCCUCCUCCUCCCUUCUCCCACCCCUCCUUUCGCUUCUUUAUCCUCCGUUUUUAUUUUUGCGACCCUCCCGGCUGCCGUGUGGAUGCGGCCCGGGGUGCCUGGCUGCUGGGGUGGCGAGAGCAGAUGCUGAGGGGCCGGAGGAGGAUGGAGUGCACCCUCGAUGCGCAGAGUUUGAUCAGUAUUUCCCUGCGGAAGAUCCACAGCUCCCGCACUCAGCGAGGCGGCAUCAAGCUCCACAAGAACCUGCUCGUCUCCUAUGUGCUCCGCAACGCCCGGCAGCUCUACCUGAGCGAACGCUACGCCGAGCUUUACCGCCGACAGCAGCAGCACCACUACCCCGAGGGCUCCCCGCUGCUCGCCAUGCCGUCCUGCCCGCCGCCCGCCGCCCCCCCGGAGCCACCGGCUCUCCCGCAGCCCCCCGACACGCAGGAACGCGAAGCGCGGGGCUGCUCGGCGCUGCGGGGUUCGGCGGAGCUGCUGGAGGCACCCCCGGAGCUGCAGCGAACCCCUUGCAGAGACUCCUCACCCGGUUUUUACCGGGGAGUCGGAGCCGCCCCGGGGUUGCUUUACGCCGCCGGUUGUGACUUCGGGGCACCGCACUGUAGCAGCCGAACCACCGUGCUGGAUUUGGACACUCACGUCGUGACCACGGUGGAAAACGGGUACUUGCACCAAGACUGCUGUUCGCAGUGUCCCUGCUGCUGCCAACCGGCCCCGGGGCUCGCCUCCCCGCCGCCCACGCCGGGCACUAAGCGCAAGUAUUACCCGGGGCAGGAGGAGGAAGAGGAGGGGGUGGAGGAAGGGGAGCCGGGGGGAGGCGGGGUGGCGGGCGGCCCCCCCUUCGCCCCGUGCACCAAACGCGCCCGUUUCGAGGAAUACAGCGCCGAACACCCCCAGGACUCUUCCAACAUCUCCAACUUGAUCUCCAUCUUCGGUUCCGGUUUCACGGGGUUGGUGAGCCGGCAGCAGGACUCGGAGCAGCCCCUCAACGGGCAGCUGUGCAGCAAGCAGGCGCUGGCGAGCCUGGGAGCCUGGACUCGGGCCAUCGUCGCGUUUUAGAGAGGAAAGAAAGGG